CGCGUCCAUCGCCUACUACUCCAUGCUGUAAGUGUGCAUCUGCCUUCAACAAUCGACCGGUCGCCACCACUCCUGCCCGCACGACGUUGCGCACCGGGAGCCUGGGCAGCGAUGCCCUGAUCACGUGGAUCUCAUGUCCUACAAACGCUCGCGAUCCACGUUCGAAACAGACAGCAACCAUGCGCCGUACGCGCUCUUCGGCACGCCCCUACCCGACGAGGCCGAUUCUCGCGACGAUGGCGCGUACCUGCCUCUGUGGAAGCAGGAGGUAAGGGACGAGAGGGGCCGAAAGCGAUUACAUGGUGCCUUUACCGGAGGCUGGAGCGCAGGCUACUUCAACACCGUCGGCUCCAAAGAAGGCUGGACCCCGUCCACCUUUGUAUCAAGUCGGAGCAGCCGCAACAGGGAUGGCCCGGCCUCGAAGCAGCAGCGCGCUGAGGACUUCAUGGACGAGGAGGACCUAGCCGAUGUCGCCGAGUCGCAGCAGAUCGAGACAUCUCAGGCGUUUGCAGGACUGGGCUCGACCUCCCAGGGCGAGGGCCGUCCCGGCGGCCUCAUGGGCUUGUUCAAGGCGGAGGGCGACACCAUGGGGCUGCAGCUGCUGCGCCGUAUGGGCUGGAAAGAUGGCCAGGGCGUUGGUCCCAAGGUGCGGCGAAGGGCUCGACUCGAUGUCGGCAAGCCAUCCUCAGGACACCAAGCAGAGACGCAUCUUUUCGCCCCGGAUAAUGCGCCGAUGAUACAGUUUGUGCGCAAAACCGAUCGCAUGGGUCUCGGACACGGGGGGCAGCCGGACCUCCAAAGCUUCAGGCAAAAGCUUGACGCAGACAACCACGGACACGACGACGACGAUGACGACGACAAGCUCGGUAACGGGCCGCGGCAUUCGCUGCUCGAGCCAAAGAAACCAAAAUCAAAAUCGUCGCGGGGUGCAUUCGGCGUGGGUGUUCUCAACGAUACCGGCUCCGACGAGGAGGAUCCGUACGAUAUUGGACCCAAGAUCAAAUACAACCGGAUUAUCGGAGGCGACAAAAAGAAGAAGAAGAAGGCGUCAGCUUUAGCCAACCCGUCGCUCGACAAGGCACCCAAAUUUGUCCCAAGGACAGCCAGAACGGCUGAUGGCCUCAGACGAUGCCACGACGGUCGACUGCCGCUUCCAGGAUACGUUUUGGCCAAGGUCACCGAAGACUUAGCUGCCUUGUUCUCCGAGUACGCCCCGCCGGCGGUCCCAUCCGGCUGGACAUCAGCCAAGGAUCCAACAGCGAGAUCAAAUUCUUCCAACUACUUGUCAGCAGCGGAUGCCGCUAAAGCCUCGGCGCUGGGCCCUCGUGAACGAGCGGCGUUGCUCGGAGAGAAGGCAUUGCCAGGGAAGUCGGUCUUCGACUUCAUCUCGGCGACGGCCCGAGACAAGCUCGCCGCCGCAUCAGGCAAGGCCGACCUCCCACCAGCUCGAGGCGAGAUCCCUGCCGAGGUAGGCAUGUCCGAUGAGGAGAAGCGGAAAGCCCUUUGGGACCGGGCACCCAAGGUGGAUCGCGCCACGGCGACGGCAGCGCUCGCCCGGAGCGCGGGCGGGCCCUACGCCGACGAUGAGGCAAAACGCACGCGAUAUCGCCGGUACCUGGAGAAUCAAGCAAACCCCGAGCUUUCACCGCCAGACAGGCGCAACGGCGUGUCCGAUGACGACUUCUUGCGAGAAAUGAAUGAGUUCUACAAUUGUGCGAGAAUAUUCAAGCCAAUGACCGGCUUCAUGGCAUCGCGCUUCACAACGUCCAAGACGGUCCUGAACCCAUCGUCUGCAGCGCAGGACCAGAGAGAAAUGUUGGCCAAGCCGGAGCCCAAGGUCGCCGACCCGGCCGAGGAAGCGGCCAGGGUGGGCAUGUUUGGAGACAUGACGCGGAGCGUCGCCGACUUCUACCCUACUCGACUCCUGUGCAAGCGCUUCAACGUCAAGGCGCCGGCGCAUUCGCGCCCUGACCACGAGCCCGAAGCGAACCGCCCGAGGAGCAGCACGACGACGAGCUGGCCAACGCCCGCUCAGCCGGAGGGGGAGUCUCCGGACACGGGGCCGGCGUCGGCAUCUGUGCCCGUGGGCGCCGCCGCCGCGUUACUGCCCGAGCCGGGACAGACGGAGAGCAACGCGGCCGAAGCAGAGGCGGCGGCAAAGCAGCAGGGCAAGGCCACGGAGAUAGAUCCGGAGAGGAACGAAGCGAUCGAGGGGAAGGCGGCCAAUGAGGAGGUCCUACAUGCCAUCUUCGGGGAUAGCGACAGCGAAUGAUACCAAAUACACGCGAACUCGUCCAAUGGAUCGGGAGUCAGUUUUGACUUUGUUGUGUGCGUCGUGGUAUUGUGACCGUUGCUAUUUCUGCAACGACAAAACACAGCAAGACUACAUCCGACGCGCAGCGCGGCGCAGGAGGCUUCUCCAACGGCCCUCGCAGGAAGACAACAAACUUAGUUAGCAAGUGAACCCAGACCGAAACUGCUUGCG